CCUUCUCGUAGCAAGCGUGAGCAGUGCUGGGCUUCUCGGGACAUAUAUUUCAAAUGUUUGGAUAAAAAUCAAAUAGAUAAUCCACUGGAUCCAUCGAAGAAAAAGCUUGCAAGCAAGGAGUGUGGAGAAGAAGACAAACAAUUUGAAAAAGACUGCAUUGCUAGUUGGGUUAAGUAUUUCAAAGAAAAACGUCCUUUCGAUUUGAAGAAGGAAAGGUUAUUGAAAGAGGCAGCUGAGCAAGGGCAAGAAGUCGUUCAGAUGGAU